AUGAUCUUAUAUCUGUUAGGAUGUCUUAUUGAUCUUGAAGUUGGUAUCUUUUAUAAAGACGAAGCUGUAUUUGAAGAUAUUUAUCAUUAUGCUAAAAUUAGUAAGAAAUAUGAAAAUAUUAAUGAAGCAACAGAACUGAUAUCAAAUUUACAAGAAACUUUGAAACUAGCUAAAUUUAAUAGUGGGUCUAGCUCAGAAAUUGCAGAAGCUAUUGUUGCAACUAUAACAGUUCUUGCAAUUUUUAUCAUAACUUUCACAAUGUCAGAUUCAUCAGAAUAUAAAAGAAACCAAGCGAAUUGGAACCAAGAAUCGUUCAAAAGAUUACAAGACAUUUCUAGAGACAUUAAUGAAUUAAGUAUUAGGUUUAGUCAAUUUCAACAGACAUAUAUAAGAGAAAUGGAAGAAUUACGUGAUAUUCAACCAAGUAUCGCACCAGUACUCUUGUUGUUGAUAUUUUAUGGAUUUGUUUACUAUAUGAGAAAUAUAGCUGAUUUAGAGUAG